AUGAGCACCAAAAAUACCUUGAAUAGGGAUGAAGUGUUUGAACCCAGUCUUGCGGAGUCAAAAUGGCGGUCACAAGGUUGGGCCAUCUAUAAAAGCCCAUCUUCAUCAACCGGGAGCUUGGCUACGUUUAUAAACGCCAACAGCAUGAGUGAGAGUGAAAUGUCCCCGCCGGAGGAUUGCCAAAAAGAUCCGAGUUUGGAACUAUUUUCAAAUAAUGUCUCAUCAUCAUCGCUUCCUUCAUACAAUCCUCCGCAGCCGAGGCGCAGAACAUUAUCAUCAACAUCGAGAUCCCAAGAACGAUUUUCAAUGCACGAACUGGGCUCUUCUAAUUUGAUCUUUAGUACGAAUUCCAAUCGAUACCUGUCUCCGACGAGACAUAGUGUCGCCUUAGACAAAGGGUUCGAUAGGAAUCGAGAGUGGAAUCUGGAUAGAGAAAGGAUAGGCAACGCUGGAAAAGGCUUUGGAAGUUUGAUUGACGAUGACGGAGAAAAAGAAUCUAUUGCCGAGUUGAUCGCGAACGUUAAGGAUGAGGACGCUUUCAAAUUAGCUCAAUUUACACGAAUGCAUGCCAUUCAAAAAAAUCGGAAUUCGCCCAUUCCUGGAGUCAAAAGCGAAAAAACAGGCGAGCAAAGUGGUGCGCCUUCACCCUCGGAUCAUGGCUUACGAUCAUCGGAAGUCACUUUAUCCAAAUCCGAAGCAUGCAAAAAGUAUCUUGAAGAUAAAUAUCGCGAGAUCUUCGGAAUAAUAAACAAUAAUGAAAUCUACAAUCCUCUUUGUGAGGUGCGGGCACGGCAGGCGAGUGCUAAUCUAAUCGGUGAUGACAACGAUGACAUGAGUUUGAAUGAUUAUGAUAGUGAUGCUUUGUUGACGGAACAAGUGAAAAAAAAAUUUUCGAGUCGAAGGAAAAAGCAAUGCCCUUGGAAUAUCUCGCAAAUCGAAACCAGAAAAAGUGGAAAUAUGGCAGGUCAAACUUUAGAGAAGGUUGAGGAUGUGAAUAAUGCUAUUCGAGAUGAGGUUGCGACAUCUCGCAUAAAGGUUGGAAAUCAUGCUCAUGAUAAAAAUAUGCGAUAUAAUCGACGUCUUUCGCAAAUAUUUAUUCCUCCCUCGCCGCAAGAGAAGGAUAAUUUGGAAUCACCGGCAGGUCCGGGACGCAACACAAAGCAUUCACGGGCAUCAAGCCUGAACAGUAUAACACAUGACGACGUUUUCAAGGCUAAAUCAAGAGGAUGGUCGUUGCAUUUGUUUAAGCGCAAAGACAAGAAACCUCAAAAAAGGUCUUCGAAGGGACACCAGAAACCCAAUGUUCACAAUGAGAAUAAGAGAGUAGAAUUAUCUGACGGCAUACAAAUGUCACAAAAUUCCUUAGAGAACCUGACGGAUUCGUCCUCCAAUGACCAGAAUCCUCGGAGUUCAGCAGAGUUUACACGUUCUUCUUCCGAAAAAGAGCAUGGAGAUUCACGCGAGACAUAUGAAGAAAAAGUUAAAUCCGACAGGGGAAUUUCAAAAGCCUCUGAUGAAAAAUUAUUGGAAAAAGACGAUGUGCCGGAGGGAUAUAGUGUACACGAUCGACGGAGUUCACUGGGCGCUUCGGCGGCGGGGUUAAGUGAUAGUUCAUUCGAAUCUGCAAAGGAUGCAGUCACCGGAAACCCCAAGAUCAGCGUCACUGCAAGUAAAAGUGUUGUUGAUUCAGCUGGCGUAGAAGAGCGAUUGGAAAAAGAUUCAGAUGAACACCACGGACCUUCCACCAUGCAGCGAUCUUUGAGCGAUGAUAACAGAAUAAUCGAAAUAAAUACUGAAUAUGAAGGUGACAGCGAAGGUGAUAACGAACUUGAACUUCUUGGUGAGACCGUACUUGUCAAGCUCGAUGUCCUUCCGGAUAACCUUGUUCGCACGGUGACGUCAUUCCAAGAGCAAGGACUUGCACCUCAGAACGAUGAAGACAAUCAUUAUGUUGAACUGGACAUCGGAUUGAACGACGUGUUCAAGUUCAAGAAGCUCGUUGGUCAUGGGGCCGAUCUAGUAGAACUUCGUAUCUCGCUGCUUGGCAAUAAGCAAAAGAGUAUCGACUUGCAAGACACGGAAGAAUCAAUUGCUCGCUACGACGAAAGCUUGAAAGAAGCAACGGAAUUUCUGGAAGCGAAUCAGGAAAUAUUUCUCGAAAGGAAAGAGGUCAUCAGGAAGAAUGACCGUUGUUUCUUUGAUAACUUUGAUAUUCCGUUUGUUCAGUCGCCUGUUUUCGAUGGAAACUUUGCUCAUUCUCAAAAUGUGCCAUCCUCGGAUUUUGUGAUUCAUAACGAAACCGUCUAUGAAUUGAAAAAGCGCAUCGACAUAGGAAUGGAAGAAUUAAACCGUAGCAUGACCAGCAUGGAAAGCACAAUCGAAGAUUUGGAAAACUGA